AUGCGAGGUGGCUUCUGCAUUGGCUCUGAGGCUCUGGCUCGGAAGGCCUGGAUUCAGCGUGAGUACUGGCUCCACAGCUUGCAGUCCAGGAACUACCAGUAUGUCCUGUCGUUGGUUUUUGCCAUUGAAGAGAUCAACAGGAACCCAUAUCUCUUACCCAACAUAUUUCUGGGAUAUGAGUUCCAUAGUGUCCUGCACACUGAUCGGUGGACAUUGGAGAGCUCUUUAACUUGGCUUACGGGAAGAGUCAAGUACAUCCCUAAUUACACCUGUAGCAAGGAGAGCAAGUCCGUAGCAGUAAUUACAGGACAAACAUGGACAUCUUCAGCCCAAAUUGGAACACUGCUGCACCUCUACAGAUUUCCACAGCUCACCUUUGGGCCUUUUGAACCCAUCUUGAGUGACAAUGGCCAGUUUCCUUUUCUCUAUCAGAUGGCCCCCAAGGACACAACUCUGGCCCUUGCCGUGGUGUCCUUGAUGGUUCAUUUCAGCUGGAACUGGGUGAGGCUGAUCAUCUCAGAAGAUGAGAAAGGCAUUCGAUUUCUCUCAGAUGUGAGAGGAGAGAUGGACAGGAACGGAGUCUGCAUGGCCUUUGUGAAUAUGAUCCCAGUCACCAUGCUGUUGUAUUUCACAAGAGCUCACAAACAUUACAACCAGAUCAUGAAAUCCUCGGCAUGUGUGGUCAUCAUUUUUGGUGACACAGAGUCUCUUCUGGCUGUGAGUUUUAAUAGAUGGGACAAUGUAGUCACACAGAGAGUUUGGGUCACCACCUCACAAUGGGAUGUUACCAAUAGUAAGAAACCUUUCAUCCUGGACCCAUUCCAUGGCGCACUCAUUUUUUCUCACCACCAUGGGGAGAUUUCUGGUUUGAAACAUUUUAUCCAGACAGCGAAUCCUGCCAAAUACCCAGAGGACACAUUCCUUGCUUUGUUGUGGUGGAUGCAUUUUAACUGCUCAGUCUCAGAGUCUGAGUGUAAAACAUUGGAGAGCUGUUCUUCCAAAGGCUCCUUGGCAUGGUUACCACGGCACCAUUUUGACAUGGCCGUGAGUGACGGGAGUUACAACAUAUACAAUGCUGUCUAUGCCAUGGCCCACACCCUUCACGAGAUGCUCCUUCAACAAGUAGACGGGCAACCAAUGAAGAAUGGGAAAGGCCCAGUGUUCUCCCCCUGGCAGGGAAUGUCUCCAAUUGGGUGGUGUGAACUUCACCAAGCUGCACCCCUUUCUGAAGAAAUCAAAUUUAACAAUCCUGCAGGGGACCCAGUGAAGAAUCAGAAAGGACAAUUGGACAGAGAGUAUGACAUUCUUAACUUUUGGAAUUUUCCGGAAGGCUUUGGACAUAAGGUGGAAGUUGGAACGUUUUCCCCUUAUUUACCACAGGGUCAACAACUGUCUCUAUCUCAGGAAAAGAUAGAGUGGGCCACAGGAGAUAGACAGACUCCCAACUCAGCCUGCAGUAUGAGCUGUAGAACUGGAUUCAGUAAGUCCCUUCAGGAGGGAAAGCCUGCCUGUUGUUCUGACUGCACUCCCUGCCCAGAGGACGAGAUUUCCAACCAGACAGACAUGGACCAGUGUGUGAAGUGUCCAGCUCAUCAGUAUGCCAACACGGAGCAAACCACCUGUCUCCAAAAGGCUGUGACCUUCCUGGCCUAUGAAGACCCCUUGGGCAUGGCUCUGGCCUGCACGGCUCUCUGCUUCUCUGCCCUCACGGCUGCUGUCCUUGGGGUCUUUGUGAAGCACAGAGACACCCCCAUAGUCAAGGCCAACAACAGGGCUCUCAGCUCCAUCCUGCUCAUCUCCCUCACCUUCUGUUUUCUCUGCUCUCUGCUCUUCAUUGGCCGUCCCGGCACAGCCACCUGCAUCCUGCAGGACACAUUUGGACUGGUGUUCACUGUGGCCGUUUCCACGGUCCUGGCCAAAACUGUCACUGUGAUUCUGGCCUUCAAGGUCACUGCCCCAGGGAGAAGGAUGAGGCGGUGCCUGGUGUCAGGGGCACCUAACUUCAUCAUUCCCAGCUGCUCCCUCAUCCAGCUGACUCUCUGUGGAGUCUGGCUGGGGACCUCUCCUCCCUUUGUGGACACAGACACACACUCUGACCAUGGCUGCAUCAUCAUCACGUGCAACAAGGGCUCAGUCAUUGCCUUCUACUGUGCCCUGGGAUACCUGGGCUCCCUGGUCCUGGGGACCUUCACGGUGGCCUUCCUGGCCAGGAACCUGCCUGACACCUUCAAUGAAGCCAAGUUCCUGACCUUCAGCAUGCUGGUGUUCUGCAGUGUCUGGCUCACCUUCCUCCCUGUGUACCACAGCACCAAGGGCAAGGUCAUGGUGGCCGUGGAGGUCUUCUCCAUCCUGGCCUCCAGCGCAGGGCUCCUGGGCUGCAUCUUUGUCCCCAAGUGCUAUGUUGUUUUAUUAAGGCCACAUAGGAGCUCUCUAUGUGGGUCCAGAGAGAAAAUUCAUUGUGGGAGUAACAAGCCUUCUUGA